UCACAUGAUUUUGGAAGCUCAAACCCUAGAAAGAGGAACUAGAGAGAGAAUUUGCUACCUUAGUGACGAAGAUAAGAAGAAGGGAUGAAAGAGGAGUUUCUCUGCACAACAAGGAACCCCUAUUCAUGUUUUCUUCCUUCCUUUCCAUGGCUCUCUUCCACCCCCCCCCCCCCCCCUUCAUGGGGUAGUAGGCUAAGGUACUCUUCAAAGUGGUAGGACUACUUAAGACAUUGCAUCAUCACUAAGGGUGAAGGUUCUCUUUUCCCAUCUUGUAUGGUCUGACAACCCAAUAACACACCGAAGAGUCUCAAACGAAGGAAAGAGAAUCUCAAGUGAUAUUGAUGACCAAGAAAAGAAGAUAGAAGAAGAAGAUCAAGAGAAGGCCAAGACCAAGAUACCAGAAUGCCUUCCCAUGCUUCCAUACCCAAAGAGAGCUUUUGAAAGUGAAUUAUACCGUGAAUGUGGUCAAUGGAAGGACAUGCUGAAACAAUUAAAGGUCACAAUACUGUUUCUAGACAUUGUGAUGAAGGUCCCAAAUUAUACAAAGUUUUUGAAGGAGAUCUUGUCUGGGAAGAGGAAGAUGGACAAGUUGCCAUGGAUUCUUUGAUAUAAGAUCCAUGAUUCUUCAUAAUUCCAUGCACAUUUCGUGAUAAGACAUUCUGGACGCCUUUUGCGAACUUAGGCUCAAGUAUCAACAUCAUGCCGACAAAGAUCUAUAAGGAUCUUGGCCUCAACACUCUCAUGCCAAUGAGCAUGAAGGUUGAACUAGCCAAUCGAUCAGUUGCGACACCUAAGGGAGUGGUCGAGAAUGUCUUUGUAAAGUGUCCUCACUUUGUCUACACGGUGGAUUUGGUGAUUAUGGAUAUGGAAGGAUGCUCAUAUCAUCCUCGGGAGACAAUUCUUAGCAACUGCGACCAUCAUUGAUUUAAGUGCAAUCGUAUAACCCUAAGGUUCGGUCAAGAGGAUAUAAAUUACACCAUGACUCUAAUCCCCUCUUUUCACAAAUACUGCAAGUGGGAAUAUGUUGCUCAUGAUUGUGAGCCAGUGACUCCUACACCAACCUCACCACCAAUCCCAAAAAUAGUAUGGGUGAACAUGUAAUCUAUAUUCGAUGCCAACCAAGCGAAUUGUGAUUUGGCAAAUUACAAGGAAAGGCUUACAAAUAAGAGACCUAAUGGUAAGAAGAAGAAUGAAGGGCUACACAAGACGUCUACUAUUUUCAAAGCAAAAAGAAAAAGCUUAGGAAGUAUGAACUUGAAGAGAGAUUUUGAAACAAGGAAGCUUACUCCAAUAAAUCAGAAAGAAGAAGUUAGAGGAUUUUUCAAGCCAAUUGAGGUCAAUGAUAUUGUUCUAACUAUGCCAGAAAUCUCAUCAAAGUAGGGGUGGGCAUCCAGUUUGGUAAACCCGAACUGAAACGAGCCAAAAUCGAAGUAAACUGAACCCAAACUGAAAUAAUGUUGUUCGGUUCGGAAUUUAGAAGAGAAAUAUGGUUACUUCAUAAAACAUGAUACUUUCAACCGAACUGAGAUUCUGAAUUCUGAUCGAAAACCAACAUAUGCCCACAACAGCCCAACCCUAAGCCAUUCUCUUACCCCACAACCUAGUGAAACCCAACCCACAACCACUCUCAAGCCCACUGAAACCCCAUCCUCUCCAACCUCACAUAGCGGCCGCCACCGCCUCGCCAUCCGCCAUCAAAUCGGCCAUCGCUCUGCCAUCUUCUCCUUCAUGCUCACACCACGUCAAAAGAGGAGAGGAGCUCCCCGACAUGCAAAGUCCAUUCCACACAUGAUUUAACCUAGAGGCGGAGCAAAGAGCGGUCAAUUUAUGCGGAAAGGGAAGUCGCAAAUCGAGAGAUAGAGUGGAGAUGGAAGAUCCGGAGAGGAAUUAGUGGCAGUCGUCUUCUAUAGAUUCUUCUGAAAGAGCGAGAGGCAGAGAGGAGGGAGAUAGUGGUAGCGGUAGGAGACUGACAGAGCACGCAGUAGAGGCGGAGAGGGAAGUCUAAAAUCGAAGGAUAGAAGGAUUGUUGGCGGCCGUAUUUCGCAAAUUCUUUCGAGAGAGUGAGAGACAAAGAGGAGGGAGAGAGUAGCGGUGGAGGAGGGAGAUAAUGGUGGCGAAGAAUAAGAAGAAAACAAGGAGGCAUGGUUGGCGAUAAUAUUUCGGUUUAGGGCCUUGAAACCAGACCAAAUCUAGAUAUAAUUCAGUUUGGCCAAACCAAAUUAUAUUUCUGUUUGAAUUCGGUUUAAGAUAGGGGUAAGUCAGGACCCCGAUAUGCUUCAUUUUAGUUCAAUUUGAACCAAACCGAAUCGAUGCCCACCCCUAAUCCAAAGUUAAUCCCCCAAAUAAAGACAUUGAGGACAUUGAGGAACUUGAAACAAAGAGAUAAGCCAAGAGACUCCACAGACAUUACCUUGGUCUCCACCACAAGGGUGCUUAUUAUGAAGCAUCAACGGUGGGUGAGAGCCAUACAAGUUCAUAAUCACCAAGUGGAGGGAGUCUGGCGAAAAAACCAAAAACACUCGCUUGUUGUGAGGCAACCUAACAUUCAGUUUUCAAUUUCUUUCCUUUAUAUCAUUUGCAUUUUUCUAUCGUUUUAAGUUAGUUUGAAAGUUGGUAGAUUAAACCAUUUACCAUGAUAGCUUGGAACAAGUUGAAUGCUAGGAUAAUUUGUUUGUGCAUCUUUGUUAGUUUAGAAUUAGUUGUUGUGCAAAUAUUCUUGCAUUCUGCUAGCUAUGUAUAGAUCGUUGCUGACACGCUACGACACAACACCUAACAAUGGCCAAAUGUAACCAAUGAAAGGGACUGCAGUAU